CUUACUCAUCAAAAAUCAAUGACGAAUCAUCACAGAUUAUAUUAGGGUUUUAUUCGAUUGCACGGAUUCGUGUGGUGACAUCACGUGACGUAGUGUCCAUCACUGUCUCUUCUCUGCUGCGUUUCUUGUUCACGAGAGAGAGAGCGACUGUAGAGGUUCUAGAGAGAGAGAGAGAGAGAGAAAAUGGAGACGGAGACGGAGACGGAUGAAGAAAUGGAGAUGGAGGAGGAGCCAAUGGUGUUCGAAGUGACGGAAAUCGAUUUGGAGUAUGAGUUUGAUGCUGCUCGUUGGUACGAUUUCACUCGUGAGGAGUUACCUUUGGAGUCUCGUGUUGCUCAACUCUGGUUCGAGACCGCUCAAUCAUACCCACCGUCUCCUUUUGCAAACAAACUGUUAAUGAUGGAGAGAGAGGAGAUUUCUGAUGGCAAGACCGAGCCUUCGUCAAAAUCAGAAGAUGGAGAGGUUACACUUACAGUUACAGCAGAUGUCCAAGAAAGCGAUAGUGAAAUCAGGCAGCAACCAGAUGUGAAUGAAACAGGAAAUGGAAUGGGGUCUGGUGUUUUUACCUUCAUUCAAGGUGGUGAUUUGAAGAAAGUUCCAAAUGAGUACUUACAUAAAGGACCAACAUUUAGCAAUCGAAUACACACCGUUAAACUAAAAUGCCAACGAAACUCAAGCACCAGGGCAGCACCUAGAAGCUCAACGUUGAUGAAACCUACUGCUAGCCAAUUGGCAAAACAAGAUAAUGCUAGACACCGUAUGCAAGUGGAUGAAAUUAAGAAGAAAGGCUUGUGUCCUUCAUCUGGAUCUGAAAUCCAUGCUUCUAAAAGACAGAAGCUCGAUGGAGGUUACUUCACAAGGUAGAGUGUUGCUGAAACGGCUCAGGAGAUUAAUUUUGUCCACAAGGCACUUAAGAAGGGCGGAAGUCUUGAUAGAAACUCACAAUAUGCCAGGACGAAGAUUACUAUCCCACAUGAGCCUGAUUUUGCAACAUCACAUAGAGCAAAUAGUAGACGGCACAAGAACGAUGCUACAUUGGACCAGGACCCAACAUCAGUAUAUAGAUUCAAAGCACGCCCCUUUAACCGAAAAAUCUUUGAGGCUCCAUCAUUGCCCAUUCGGAAGAAGAGCACUCCUAAACUACCAGAAUUUCAAGAAUUUCACUUGAAGACCUCAGAGAGAGCUAUGCACCAUUCAUCAGCAGUAUCAACAGGGAAUAAUUAUUAUAAGGGGUCAGAUAAGCCUGAUACGACAGCUAUUCCUGACGGUGUUAACAGGGAACCAAGGAGAGCAAGAGCUGCGGAUAUACCUAAAGAUGAUGAUAGAAAACACCAUUUCAAAGCUCGUCCUCUUGACAAUAAGAUGCUUUCAAGUAGACGAGACAUUGGCAUUUUCAGAAAAAUCAAGCGAGAAACUACUGUUCCCUUGGAAUUUAGUUUUCGCUCGGAAAAAAGAGUUCAACCAAAUUUGCCAACAGACCUUUUUAGUAAGCUCUCAAUAAAGUCCGAGCUCCAGCCAAACAAUGGAUCUCGAUUAAGAUUUCCUCAGCCUGAACAAGCUCAAAGGAAAAUAGACCCAACUCCUUUCAAGCAGGAAAUGAAAGAACAAGCAAGGUUACGGGAAAACCGAGCGGUAUAUGGACCACUGGGAGGUAAGCUACAAUCAGCAUCCGGUGCAACUAAACUAACAAGAGCGUAGGCAUUGGAUGAUCAGCUCCUUAUUUUUUUUGUACAUCAAGACUUGGUUUUCUUAGGGUAAUAACUACUCUGAAAUGAAGGCUAACAUUAUGAAGAAAGAACUAAAAUGUGGUGUAACAUUAUAGUCUUGUGAAUUUUGGCAAAAGGGAAAUGUAUAUU